AUGACAGAGCUUCCGAAGCCCGCAGCACCCAAGCGGGAGCGGAAGACUCGAAGAACCCAUAAAAAUUCGCGAGACGGUUGUCCUAACUGUCGAUCCAAGCGUAUAAAAUGUACUGAAGAGCUACCUAGUUGUGGAAACUGUCUUAAGAAAGGUUAUAGGUGUGGUUACUUGGAGUUUCCGCCUGAAAAAUUGGAGAUAAUACGCAAGAAGAACGAAAUAAAACACUCAAAGACAGAGGACUCCGACUUCAUGACGUCUACGCCUCUGCAAACCAACUUGAGCGAAGGUGGUGUUGGACUGGCUAAAUCAGAAGGUUCAAUUGUGGACACAUGGACCGGACAACCAAAGAAACAUAGAGCAUCAAUUACAAUUCGUCGAAGAAAAUCAUCCCCUGGACUUUCGGUUCCCAAUAUGUCCAGUUUACGAAGCGAUACUUACCAAAAAACAUUGAAGGUUAUGACAGAAGGAAGCAAGUCUCCUUCUUCAGCAGCCAAAAGGAACAAAGAAAACGACUUCAUGUUCCACUGGGGUGUAAAUCAUACACGGAGUCCGAAACCAGUGUCGAAGGAAGAAUUAUUUUACGGAACAAGUGAAUACAUCGAGCACCUAUUCAGAUCACCUCAAGUGGACGAGUUCUCACCAACAUUAACAGGUAGCAACCUGCAAACACCGGCAAAUAUUGAUCAUGCCGAGAGUCUUGGACAUGUUGACCCAAACCACGUUAAGAACGAGCACGACCUCAAUGGGCUACAUUUGCAAGCACCACCUAUUUCAUCAAUGGACAUUCUGCUACGAUCGAAGAUGCUUCCCAGCUCCAAAAUUGUCCAUAGAACAUUCUUAAAGCAGAAGUUGCCUCCACAUCUUCAGAAUAUGAAGCUUGAACAUACCCUAAAAAUGGUUAGGGAUGGAAACUUUCACCUUAAGGCCGUGACAAACCAUGUCCCUCAAGCAACUAUCAGUCCCGUCUGGUCAGAACAGCAGGGACAAAAUUUCUGGGUGAUUGUAUUAAAACAGGCCAUGGUUCUUGACUUGUACUUCAAGUAUUUCAUUGAUAAGUCGGUGAACAUCUUAAUGCGGGCAUCGGAGGCUGUUGUUAAUGGAGAUAUAGAUGUUUCGGUACUGCCAGCAACGACUUCGGGGAGCUCGUCGCCUUCGGACUCCCCUUCUCCUGAGCUAAAAUUCUUUUACACAAAGGAAGACCUUCAUUUGCUCACUUGCAAAUCGUAUGUAACUUAUGGGCGACUUGUACGUGAGUUACGUGAAUCGAUCAAUAAGUACCAUAACGAGUACCCUGCGAAGAUAUCCCUUUACUGGGCCUGGGCCUGCUAUAUCAAUUUGGAUGCCGACUUCAACACCUUUUGCAUCAUGAUUCGUGGCACUUUGUUGCUUAUUCACAAUGUGAUUAUGGAGGCACAGUCGUUGGCAGAAGUGUCGUCUGUUAUAAGGCAAGAGAUCAUGUUGAUUAACGAUUUCGUCCAUGCAGCAAAAUUUCCCGAUUAUCUGUUUGAUGUUAUUCUUGAUCUAGCAGCCAACUUUCGGACCUAUCAGCAACUUGUCGGAGGUUUCAUUUCCAGGUACGAGAAUGGAGAGACGUUCAAUGACGAUUUAACGAAAGUUUUGAGAGACCCUCUUUUCCGCCACGAGUGCCACGAACUUGAUAAAUUCAUUACUAGUUGUCAGACCCACUACUAUCCGAAGUUCGCCGGGAUCAACAACUACUACAAAGAGCGCAAGAAUUUGCCCCAAGACACGAAUGCUUUCUUCGUGUCUCCUAAGCUUGUUUUCGAAAUGGCGUAUGACUGGUUUAGGAUUUAUCCUGGAGAUAAAAUGUCGCUGAACUCUGAAAAUGAUCCUUUGAAAAGGACACUCUACUUCUUUUACCACGCCUUAGCAAAGAGUUUAGCACACGUCUUUUCUCUGUUCAAAAGCUUGCUGUUUGUGGAUGUCUGCAACAUUAUGUUCACCAAAGUUGGAAUGCCCCUUUCGGACUUUGACCCUCAUGGUCGGCCCCUAUACGCCCCCUUCGAGCCUUUGGCGAGGGGACUUAUUAAAACAAUUAAGUUUUUUGAAAACAGACUGAGACUCUACUGCUACCACUUGGAAAACAGUGACAUUCUCCAAAAUGAAUUCGUCAACGCAGUCGAUGACGAGCCUCCUACUAAUUGGUCACACAGAGAUAUCGUUCAUCUCGUUUCACCUAAGGUUGCUGUUCUGGAACACCAGUUGAGCAGUGUGAGCACACAGAUCGUAUCUGCCGAAAACUAUGCAUUUUUCCCGAGGAUCCUCAAUGAUGAAGUAAGUUCCAUUCUCAUACGGACGGAAACAGAACGACAAAUGUAUGCGCUCAAGAAUGAGCCUUACCAAUUCGACUGGCAAUUGGGGUUGCUGAACCAUGAUUUCAAUCCAACGUCGGUUAUCUCUCGGUUCGUUAACACACGCAACCACGAACUUCACACGCAGCCAUCACCGAGUCUUGAGGUUAUCAGAGCCCAGAUAAACGAGUUGAUAAGAAGCAGAGACGAAAUCCUGAAGGCAUCAGAGCGAACAUAA